AUGCUCGGAAGAAAGGAAAACAGCAACGACCCCAGUACCACCCUCGACGACGAGUCACUCACAGUCCGCAUGCGAGUCUAUAUCUCAAAAGCAACAAACCUCGCCGUCAAGGAUAUUAAUGGGUUCUCAGACCCCUAUGUGAAAGUCUCAAUUGGCGGCUACAAAUUCACGACAAAGGUCGUCCCAAAGUCAUUGAACCCGGUCUGGAACGCGUCUUUUGACUUUGAGCUCGAAGCCCAGUCUGUCCCUGACCAGGUCAACCUCGUCUUUUGGGAUAAGGAUUUCAUUGGCAAGGAUGACUUUAUGGGAGCUGUGGAUAUUCCUUUUAAUGAGUCGUCUAUCUGGGGGGACGCUACUCCUAAGCACUUUGACGACCCUAGCAACCAGGCAAGUUUUUUUUAG